AUGAAUAACGCCUUUGUUACCUUGGAAUGCAUUACAGCUCUCUCCCAAUCGCGGCCGAUUUCUGCUCAAGGUAUUCGAUCAGCCCAAGGUGACGCGCUUCAAGUUUGGGCACCCGCGCCCGCGCUUGACCCUGAGUUGAGUCGCGGUAAUAAAAGAACACAGCUACUGGGCAUGAAAGCCAAGUCCGGUGAUAGUUGCGCGUUCGGUGAUUCGAGCAGAACUGCUAUUUGGUUCCUUGUAUGCUCCGAUAAAGAGAGCGAAUAUGUUUCUUUGGUUGAGGACAUUGACUGUUGA